AGAGGAAUUACUGCAAGACGAAAACGAUGUUUUCCAAAGGAACGCUUUCCUAAUAAUUACUGAAAUGAUCGAACUGAGCAACCAGACCCAAGAAGACACUUCUGACUUAGUGGACGAGAUUCUCCACAGCAUCUUCUUUUUGGGAUGGAUCAACCAUCCCAAACUUUCCCUGAAUGACCUUUUGGACAAUGAUGAUGAGAUAUACGUGCACCUGGAGGAUCGUCACCCACAGCCUUUCCAACUCUAUAAAACUCAGCUACCCAGGCGGAGCCCCUUUUCCUGUGUCCUGGAUAUGAUCGUCAAACUGAUCGGACAAGAGAAUGAAGAUGAAAUAAAAGAGAGACUACAAAACCUCAUUGACAGCCUGAGGGAAAAUACCAAAAAAAAGAUUUUGUUCUCGUCUACAAUCUGUAUCUCCCAUAUGAACAUCCCUGAUUCGGUCAGGCACUACGGAGUCUCUAUGUCUCUCAUUUCUAGUGGUAGCGCUAAGCAAAUCCUGGUUGCUGCCUCCUGUUUGAACCACUGGGAUCCUCGAGUAGCCGGGGCAGUGAUGAGCUACUAUCCAGCUUUAACAAGGAAGCCUUACUUUGACGGAACCAUCACAUUACCUCCUGAUGUCCGAUGUGAGGCUUUUGAUCUCUGUACAGGGAUUAUAAAACCUGCUUGCCAAUCAUGUGGGAAUUUGUUUGGCCUGCAGACAGAAGAAGAAAAGGAAUGGUUUUAUGGUAACUGUGCAGAAAUAGAAAGUGUAAGCAACUUGCUUCGAAAUGAAAAUGUACCAGUGGAAGCAGUUCCAGAAGAAAACAGGAAGAAAGCUGCAGAUAGCGUUUUAAAACAGCUUAAGUGUUUGCUGAAAAAUAACAAGCCGCCGUUUGACUGGGAUGGAGGUUACUACAGCCCACAGGGUGCCAGGGAUGAAAACAAC